GGAUGUUCCCGACGAGGCAGCUGACCAGGGCUAUGGGCACCUACCUGGCCGAAGAACCCCGCUACUCCUUCCUGUCCAGGCUGGGUAUCGCCGCCACCAACCAUGGCGUCUACUGCGGCGGCGGCUGGAGGGGAUCCGGCCAGGUUAUAGAGCCGGUGUGCCCCGCGAACGGACGUAAGAUCGCCCAGGUCACCACAGCCGGGCCAGAGGACUACAGAGCCUGCUCGGAGGCUGCGAGGAGCGCCUGGCCCCUCUGGGCCUCUCUGCCGGCCCCGCAGCGGGGGGAGGUCGUCCGCAGGAUAGGCGAUGCCCUCAGGAGCAACCUCCAGGACCUCGGCGACCUGGUCUCUCUGGAAAUGGGUAAGAUAAAGGCAGAAGGAGUCGGUGAAGUACAAGAGUUCGUGGAUAUCUGCGACUACGCCGUCGGACUUUCUCGAACAUAUGCGGGAAGAGUGUUCCCUUCAGAACGCCCGGGCCACCUCCUCAUGGAGCAGUGGAAUCCUCUGGGACCGAUCGCCGUCAUAACGGCCUUUAACUUCCCCGUCGCUGUGUUCGGAUGGAACUCAGCUAUAGGAAUGGCAUGCGGGAACACGGUGGUCUGGAAGCCCGCGGAGAGCACUCCCCUGACGGCGGUGGCCACGAUGAAGAUAGUGGCGAAGGUCCUCGAGGAAGCGGGGGCGCCCCCUGGCGUGGCUUCCCUUCUCGUCGGUGGGCCGGGCAUCGGAGCCGCGCUCACCGCGGACAGCACCUUCCCCCUCGUCUCCUUCACUGGCAGCUGUGCGGCCGGCAAGCAGGUAGCCCUAAAGGUGCAAGAGAGAUUUGGACGCUCCUUGUUGGAGCUCGGAGGUAACAACGCCAUUGUAGUCGCAGCCGAUGCUGACCUGGACAUGGUCAUGAAGUCAGUGGUGUUUGCCUGCAUCGGAACUGCAGGUCAACGGUGCACCACUACAAGGAGGCUCAUCCUCCAUGAGGCGGUGUAUGAUACGGUUCUCGGUAGAAUGGUGGGAGCCUUCGGUGAAGCUGUCAAGAGGACGGGAGAUCCCUUAGAUGAAAGGACACUGUACGGACCACUCCACAGCAAACGAGCUGUCGAAGGCUAUCUGGCUGCCGUUGAGAAGGCGAAGGCACUGGGAGGCAAGGUGGAGUACGGUGGGAAAGUCAUGGAUAGAGAGGGAUUCUACGUGGAGCCGACGAUAAUCACUGGUCUGCCUCACGACUCCCCGCUGGUACUCAGCGAGACCUUCGCACCCAUUGUCUACGUUCUCAAAUGUAAGUCCGUCGAAGAGGCCAUUCGCUGGAAUAACGAGGCCAAGCAAGGUCUAUCCUCUAGCAUCUUUACGCAAGACAUCCCUACGUUAUUUAAGUGGAUAGGGCCUUUGGGAUCAGACUGUGGAAUCGUAAACGUGAACAUUCCCACCAAUGGCGCUGAGAUCGGCGGUGCUUUCGGAGGAGAGAAAGAAACAGGAGGUGGAAGGGAAUCUGGUAGCGAUUCUUGGAAGCAGUACAUGCGGAGGUCCACGGUCACCAUCAACUACUCUUCAGGCCUUGUCCUGGCUCAGGGCAUCAACUUCCAGUGAGCCAAUGAGGAUCUUUACUUGUUGGAAGGAGGCCCUGUAGAAUGCAAUGGCUUCCCUGGAGUUAAUCAAACAGUUGUUAUACCGCUCUAUAACGUAUAGAACAGACUAUCAAUUACACAUUAGACUUUUGUAUCUAUAAACUCUUUCUAUACAAAUCCAUCAUUUCAUGAAAAACAACAUCAUAUAUUUAUUAUUCACUUUCUUAUUUACAUCCUUAAUAUAAAACCGUGCAUUCGAAUUAUUGAUAUAAUAUCUACAAAAUGCCAUUUCAAUAUUCUAUAAAAUAAUUUUUCAAAGACUGACCAAAAUUUAAACUAAUUAUAGAUAUAAUUUUUUACUAAGAAUCAAGCCUGAUUAUUAUCAUUUCAAUUUAAAUAAUUUUCUCUAUUUGCACCUUUUUUAUAUAUCUAUAUCUAUUUUCUGUAUUUUUCUGUAUCUAUCUUGAUUUUAAUAAUGUUUUGUAAAUAUUUUAGUGAUAACCAGGUUUGUUCCUGAUUUUUGUAUAUGUUU